AUGGGUGGUUUAGCUAAGAUAACACACCAUCUUGUGAACCUGGUGGUGGCAAUAGGGUUGUGCACCGCUGUUGUUGAAGGCAGCAAACAUGUGAGCAUCAAGAACAGCCUAGGACCUGGAAAGAACAUGACUUUGCAUUGCCAGUCCAAGGACACUGAUCUGGGCAAGCAGAACAUAGGAAAUGGGGAUGAGUUUGGGUGGGACUUCUCUGACAAUGUUUUUGGAACAACGCUGUUUUUCUGUGAUGUGGGGUGGCAAAAUGUUGAGGAGUACCAUUUUGAUGCUUACUCCUUUGGUAGGGACAGAGUACGAUGUGAUGGUGCAGGAUGUUUAUGGCUUGUUUCUGCUGAAGGAAUUUAUGGUUUGAAUGGACAAACAGGGUUCUGGGAAUUCAUGUACCAAUGGCCGAAUUAA